GUUGCCUCUGUUCGUGUGGCUCGUCGUCGUAGUGGUCGUCGUCGGGUCUUGUAUUGUAUAUUGGAACAGAAGAAACAGUUAAAAAAUUAUCAUAAAUCUUUCACGGAAAUUCUGAGUUCUGUUUUGAUUCCUUGAGCGGUGUUCGCGGUAUCUGGUAUAUACAUACGUUUGUUGCUCUUAUUAAUGAAUCUGUGUUGUGUGCACAAACCUAAGUCGCUUGCAUAUACAUACCAAAAAUUGAAAUUACAUACAUAUGGGUACCUAGGUACAUACAUGUAUUUGUAUGCAAAAAUGUGCAGUUCAAAUUGAAGAAGGAGCAGCAGCAGCCGCAUUGCUUCUUCGUUGGGCAUGUGUAACGUAUUACGUAUGCAUACCUUGUACCUAUAAACGAAACACGUACUAGCAUUUGAGCUAGCUUGGAAUUAUCUAGCUUCAAAAAAUGUACUUGGGGACUAAAAAAUGGGAUUGGAAUUAUUAGAAAGACUAUCCUCUGAUUAAAGGACACUAACGGUCAUCCCUUUUAAACGAACGUUUUCAAAUAUAUUUUAGGAGAUGCAAGUGGAAAACAGAGAAAUCCCACUGAUAAGUAGUUCCUUCACAUAUGCGCCUAAAGUAGAUUCUUUAACUAUUUUACGAGUAAAUCCCACACGAGGCAUAGAAGUAUUAAUCAGAAUUCUUAAGCUUAUCAUAGAGUUUGCAGCACUUAUCCUUCAGGAGAAGAAAGCGAAUAGGAAUAACAGUAAUAUGAAUAGUAGUCUAAUGGCAUCUAAAGUGGAUAUUAACUUGGCCACAUCAGUAGGUACAGUGCCGCCUACAUCGUCAUAUUUGAGCAGUACGACUUCAGUUAGUGGCAGCAACUAUGCCUCUAGUGUACCGGAAUCGAAUAAAAAACGCCAAAAGCUGUCCAUUACCAAUCAAGGAGAAUCAAACAGUUGUGAUGGUGAUACCAAUUCCAUAUCGGAUGCAAGUAAAUUGGACAAGAAGGCUGAGGACUAUAAUGAACUAGACAGUAUCGAAAGAACAUUGAAUGUGGAUAUUUUGGAAAAGACAUCAUCCAAAAAUGAGUGCUAUGUGGCGCCAGAGCAAGCUUUAGUCACAAGCGUAGAGCUAGUGGUUCCAGCUCCUCCUCCGGCUAGAGAUUUAGAGUUGGAUCCAAAGCCUAACGCUGGUGGUAUUUUUAACAGCUCUAGUAGUAGUUCCUGCGAUUCGGCAAGAUUAUUAUUGUUACCAAACGAUAAAAUUGAUGGUUGUGUAAAUGACUCUUCUUCCAGUUUGAACAUAAGAAUUCCUACUAAGUUAGCAUUAACAACGACAGCAAUAGCAACAACGGGUGAUAUUCUCCUGUCCGAGAGGAGAGCUUCACUAUGGACGCCUCACCAGGAUCAGUCCGGACCAACCCCGGAUGAUACCAACAAGCCGGAGAUUGUAAAUCAUGUAAGUGCUGAGUUGCCAUACCAAGUGCAUCAUCGGCACUCUGAGCUUUUGCUUCAAAUCGAAAAGGAAAAUAAGGAAACAGGAGCAUUUCCAGUGCCAUUGCAACAGCACCUACAACAUAAUGCUCCAGCGCACGAGCAACAAUAUGGACGACCAGUGGAUGCCAAUUCUAUUAUAGAUGGCCAGUUACGCAAUAGUUUUUAUGCACAAAUGCUGCAACAGCAACACCUUCAACAACAAAAUCAACAUCAUCAACAAAGUAUGAACGAACACAGUCCAAGACAUCAACAACAGAGUGCAACCAGUUAUAGCAACUAUGAUGCUCCAUUAUUUCAUAACGCUCCAUUAUUUGGUACACCACAAAGUGAUAAUCAUCUUCGCCAGCAGCAGCCACAUCCAAUGGAGUGUCACGGGUUACUGGAUCAAUCGUCAUCUCUCUCCCACCAGCAACUACAGCCACAUCACCAACAGCAAUUGCAUAAUCAAAAUCAGCAUCAACAUCAACACCAACUCCAACAGCACCAUCAGCAACAUCAACAACAACAUCAACAUCAACAAGCGCAUCAACAGCAGCUACAACAGCCACACCAACAGCAACUCCAACAGCCACACCAACAACAACAACAACAACAACAACACCCCCAUCAACUUCAACAGCAAAAUCAACUUCAACAACAUCAGAUCCAACAACACCAACAGCACAAGCAAGUGCAAGAGCAUCAACAACAACAACAAUUGCACGACACUUAUAACGAUCUCAUUAUGGAAGAUUUUCACGAGGAACCCAGCUCGACCUAUAAACUAACGCUUUCACCGAACAACGUUAAGUCCGAAAAUCAAGACGAUGGAUAUGAGACAAGUGCCGGGGAUGUCUUAACACCAAAUUCACAUAGUUCGUCAACCAAUUCCUUGACUCCACAGCAUCAAGUACAGCAGCAUCUAAGUAUCGGAAUAAUGUCUCAUGUUCCCAACCAGAAAAAGUCCGAUGACCAACUGUUGUUGCUAUCAAAGAAUCCUAAUGAUUCAGCUAAUCCCUCCACAACGACAGUUGCCCUUGCUCAUUCUCAUGGUCUUGAUAGCAUAGCGACGGCACAACCUGCUCGAUGUCUAAAUCCCACCACAAAUGCCGUUGAUCCAUUCAGUUUUAUGGGCGAGGAGAUGCGCAGCAUGCUGUCAUCUCCGGUAGGCAAUCAUCGCCAAAUGAAAAGCACAACUUUAGUGCCUGCGACGAGCUAUACGACAGAAUCCGCGUCAGGAUUAGAGUCAAUACCAUUACCAGUGCCAAGUGGCGGUGAUGAUAUAUUUCAGCAUCCGCCGCAAAAUGGUAAAAGUAAUGCAGAAAACUCGAAUAACUCCAAACCAACGCCAAAAAAAAGAGGACGAAAAAAAAAAAUUGUUGCCACAACUGAAUGUACGACUGAAGUAGCGAUAACAGUGCAAGUAACUAAUCAGGACGCCACUCCUCUUGUCUGCGAAGAUUCCUCUGGCGAUAUGCUUCACACUCUAAAACCGAAGGAACGGAAAAAGCACGAUCGUUUCAAUGGCAUGUCCGAAGAUGAGGUCAUCAAAAGGACAAUACCGGAUCAUCUGCGUGAUAAUCUAGAUAUCGUUAUAGUCGGUAUUAAUCCCGGUUUAUUUGCCGCCUACAAAGGCCAUCACUACGCAGGGCCUGGUAAUCAUUUCUGGAAAUGCCUUUACCUAGCUGGACUUACGCAAGAGCAGAUGAGCGCAGAUGAAGAUCAUCAUUUGCUAAAGCAGGGAAUCGGUUUUACAAAUAUGGUGGCUCGAGCCACUAAAGGUUCAGCGGAUCUAACGCGAAAGGAAAUCAAGGAGGGAAGUCGGAUUCUUUUAGAGAAGUUGCAAAGAUUUCGACCAAAAAUUGCCGUUUUUAAUGGAAAAUUAAUCUUUGAGGUUUUUUCUGGCAAAAAGGAAUUUCAUUUCGGCAGACAACCAGAUCGCGUCGAUGGCACUGAUACCUAUAUUUGGGUUAUGCCAUCAUCGUCGGCAAGAUGCGCUCAGUUACCACGCGCCGCCGAUAAAGUACCAUUUUAUGCAGCAUUGAAGAAAUUCCGUGACUUUUUGAAUGGCUUAAUACCGCAGAUUGAUGAAUCAGAGUGCGUAUUUACAGAUCAGCGGAUAAGGCAGUGCAGUGAGCUGCAGCAGCAGCAACAGAAUAUAGACAACAAAGGAAGUCAGUCGGCACUCUCUUUUGUAGAUAAUUGUGGCAGCUCAAGCUCAAUUGCUGCGGACUGUGGUGGGAAUACUGACUGUCCAGAUCCCACACCUUCUAAUAAAUUAAUGCCGUCGCAUAUAAUUUCGAACGAUAAUCCAUACACCAACGAUACGGCAGAUAGUCCCAUGCGACAUUCAAGCAAUACCACAUCGUAUCUGUCAGUUUUCGGUCAUCAGUCCCUGCCCCAGCCACAAUCCUUGGAGAAAAAGAAACGUGGUCGUCCCAAAAAAAUCAAAGGACAUCAAGAGCUAAUUAUGGAUCAUCGUGCGCCUCAGUAUAACCAUCACCAUGAUUUUAAUAAUAUAAUUAAUCUCUCUGUGGCUGAAACGCCCAAAAAGAAACGUGGCAGGCCAAAAAAAUUAAAGCCCACUGGUAGCCUUGAUAGUAUACUGGUGAACAAGCAGUUAUCAACCACCAGCAACCCUUUGCCUACUGCAGUGCAUCUAUUGGAUCAGCAUACAACAACACCAACAACGACGGAUGCUUCGCCGCCACAAGGCAACAAUCAUCAGCAAUUGCCGCCCAGUCUGUACAAUACCCCGCCGCCAUCGCACAUUCUGUACACCGCAUCGGCCUCACCGAUGGCCUCACCUGCCUGUAACUAUACGCAGGUUCAUAACCAUGGAACUCCCACUGCUGUAGGUGUCCAGGAAGCGUCUCCCAAUGAUAAUUUAUUAUUGGCAAAGCAUGGAUCUUCUCUAGAACAACAACCGCAUUUGGGCGAAACGCCGCCACCUAGUUCCCCGAAUUUGUGCGGCGCUGUAGACUUCGACCAUCUUCCUGAAAAUCAGUCAGAGUCCAAAAAGGCCACAUCGCUGGCUGUUGAAAAGGAGGAGUACAAUGACAGCUCCUCCCAUGAUCAAGAAACAGGCCAUAUCCAAGUCGCAGUCCAUUCAAAUGAAAAUCACUAUCACCAGCAAUGGCUUUCUUCGCCGCAUCAUCAUAGUCCUCAAACCAAACAGUUGCCUCCGCCACAGAUGCAGCAUUAUCAUCACCAGGAACUGGCGGAACAUUGGCAGCGUGGUUACGAGGAUCAGAACCUCCAUACCCACACUCAUCCCAAUCCCUAUUUAUUAAUAUCUUCCGCACAUCAAAAUAAUCAACAUUUAAGUCCAAGGAACACCAACUUUGGCUCUGAUGUGGCCCGGAAAAGCUUGUGUGGCUUGGAGUCACUGGUGGAUCAAAUCCCUGCAAUCAGAGAGCAUGAUGAGUCCAUGUCAGCGACGGCGCAAGCGGCAGCUGCCGCUGUGGAGAGUCGCUUAUUAGGAUUGCAGCAGCAGCAACACCAACAGCAACACCAACAGCAACACCAACAGCAACACCCCCAACAGCAACAACACCACCAAGAGCAACACCAACAGCAUAGCAAACGUCAAGAUGAGGAGUCCUCUGGCAAUUCCGAUAAUAACAACGCGAUUAGUAAUAACAACUUCUCGGUCUCGAGUCUUGUGGCUGUCAAAACGGAUAAUGAGAAUCUAUAUCUCAACAACAGUGGUGAAAGUCACACCAACAUUAAUUCUAAUAUGGAAUAUUAUCAUCAUCAGCAUCAUGUCGUUCCCCCUCAUUCGAUAAAUAGUUCAGAGCCAAGUCUCCAACAUCCUCAUGCACUCCCUCCUCACUCUCACCAACAUUCUUCUCCUCAAGCUCAUUCCUCUCCCCACUCACAUCCCUCUCCUCACUCUCAUCCCCAUCCUUCUCCUCACGCACAUCCCAUGUAUAUGGAGCUCAACCACUUGGGCCACAUCCCUACGCUUAAUGUAAACUCGGCAGUAUACGCUUCAACAGCCUAUGGCUCACAUCUGCAACACAGUACAGGGUCAGGAUCAGGAUCAGGGGAAUACACAACAGGUACUACCCAUCAUGGACAUUUUAGUACAGUUCAGGUUCAGUCCUCCUCAGGGCCAACGAGCACUACAGCAACCCUUCAUAUGCCGAGCCCCAAUUAUCCGUUUCAUCAUCAUCCAUACGGAAGUCAUCCGGCGCCCCAAGCCUCCUAUCCAAGUUAUAUGCAUCCCUCGCAUCAUGGGCACCAUCACCCGCCACCACCACCACAUCAUCAUCAUCUGAGCGUUUUUGAUCACUUGAAACCGUCCGACCUUGGUGGAUAUGGCAGUUUUUGAUUACAAAUUGACGAAGAAAUAACGAAAUUUGAAACGGAAACCGAAUCUUCGGAACGAUCUAUCGAAUAUGCAGGCUUGAAUGUGACUUGUUAAUCGUAAAUCGAUUAUAAUUAAUCACAAUGACUAGGCGUUUACAAAAACGGUUUGAACCUAAAUUGUCGAAUCUCCAGCAAUAUUUAUCAAUCUCCGGCCUUGCCGACACUUUCUACUUAAAAAAAAAAAAAAACAUUUUUUAGAGUUUUAGACCUUAUAAAAAAUAUAUAAUCUUAAGAAUAACCAAAGACUCUGCCUAAUAUAUAUAAUUUUUUAAGCGUUACAUCACAUUACAAUAAUAAAUACUACAUACAUAUAACGAUACCGAUAAUAUAUACGUAAACGUACAGGAAAAACAAAAUUAUUAUUAAAACUUUAUGAUUUAACUCAAAGGGACUUACAAAUAAUAAAAGAGUAGACAACAUAGUUUUACCCGUAAAUCGAAAAUAAAGGAAAUUUCUUAAAGAA